GUCUACAGCCACGCAAGCAGCUCUGAGGAUCUGAAUGUAUACAUAUAGGUUAACUAAGAGUCAAAGUAAGUGUUCGCAGAUCCUCUUCUCCACCAUCAUAAACUGCUGAGGGUGCAGCAGAAUUCACACUUCCUCCAUAUGUCUAUUUGAUAUAUGAGGAAGUCCAUCUGGUUUCCACUUCUGUCGAAAAAUCAACACACCGUUUAGAUGAUUUCUGGGAAUCCUGAGCAUAAGAUGUCCUGGACGAUGACGCCACCGAAGACAUGGUGUCUCCUGCCCCUCGCUGUCCUCCUCUUCCUGUCCAUCUUUCUCACAGUGGCUGAAGUGGUAAAGUCCGUGUCGGACUGCGACCAGUUUUUCCUUGAGGAAACUCCACCACAGGUCCCAGGCAUCUUGGAGGGCGGAAGAAUCCUGAACCAGAACCGAUACAAACCCAUUUGCCAGACUUUUGAGAACGAGAGAAGGUUUGUGACGCUCUACGACAUCAAGAACAAGAUCCCAGUGUUUUCUGCUUACAAGUACAGAGGGGGAGUGGGAAACAGACCCUCGAAUGACUGGAAGAUAGAGCCUCAGCUUGAGGAGGAAGGAGAAGACGAGAACAUGAUGCUUGUGGACAAAAAUAAGACCUACAUCCACCAGGCUGGGAACAUUGAUUACAGACGCAAUGGUGUGUUUGACAGGGGCCAUUUAUUUCCAAGCUCCCAUGCGUUCAACAGAUCUGACAAAAAGUCUACCUUCACCCUGACAAACAUCGUUCCACAAGCCGCCAGAUUCAACCAGGGAAGCUGGAACAAAAUGGAGAUGUGCAUCAAAUGUGUGAUGGACAAAUACUGCAGAAACAGCAAUAAUAUUACUGAAGGCUUUGUAGUAACUGGAGCGCAACCCAGCAACAACAUCAUCCUCAAAAACAGGAUUAAUAUCCCCUCCAUGCUCUGGAAUCAAGGACUGCCAAUGCCCACACUCCACUUCACCCACCACUGCAUCUCCCAACUCAACAUCUGGCACUCCCAAUUCAACAUCUGCCAUUCUCACAUCAUCUGGCAAUCUCACUUCAAUAUCUGCCACUCUCACAUCAACAUCUGA